AUGGAGAACACUAGGAACAUUAAGCAAGAAGCACCACCGUCUCUUCCUCCAGGGAUCUUCGAGAUACCUGGAGAGCCUGCUGUUGUUAUCAAUGGUGUACCUGAUGAACCUCAAACAGAUUGUAUGGUUCCCAAAGACGAACCAGUAUCAUCAUCAUCAUCAAGUGGCAAUGUAGGAAGCGGCGAAUGGCUCGAGGGUAGACAAGUUCGCAAGUUUUUCUUGGGUCACUACUAUUCUGGUGUGGUGACAAAGUUCGACAAACAAUCUGGUUGGUAUAGAGUUGAGUAUGAAGAUGGGGAUUCUGAAGAUCUUGACUGGUCUGAGCUUGAAGAAGUACUUGUACCUUUGGAUGUUAUUGUCCCUUUGAGGUCAAUCUCGUUGCAGAUCAUCAAGAAUCGACAUAUGCAGGCCCAAUCUUAUGGAUACGCGCCACAGCGCUAG